AUGUCUGUCGCUGCCGAAUUUGAAACUGCUAAUGCUAAUUAUGCCGCCUCCUUCACUAAAGGGGAUCUAGCACUGCCGCCGCAGAGAAAAGUCGCUGUAGUGGCUUGCAUGGAUGCUCGCCUCGACACUGCCCGAGCCCUCGGUCUCGAAGAGGGCGAUGCCCAUGUCAUUCGCAAUGCAGGCGGUCGUGCUAGCGAUGCGCUUCGUAGCAUCGUAAUCUCGCAGCAACUUCUCGGUACCCGAGAAAUUGUCAUCGUGCACCACACCGAUUGUGGUAUGCUUACUUUCACCGACGAUGUGAUCCGAGGAAAGAUUCGCUCGGAGCUUAAGCAGAAUGCCGAUCAUAUUGCGUUCUUGCCUUUUGGUGAUCUGAAGCAGAGUGUCUUGGAUGACAUCCAGAUUUUGAAGGAGAGUCCUCUCGUCCUGGAUGUGCCUAUUACCGGGUAUGUCUAUGAGGUUGAGACUGGUAAGAUUGUCAAGAUUGGAAGUAGCUAG